AUGUUUCGCGCAUCAUGCGGCAGCUGGGAAAGUAAAAUAGGAUGCGAGGAGCGUCUCAAGCAUUCCUACAGAUAUGCCAUCAUCGAAUGCGUUGUUCGAAGCAGCCGCGUUGUUGCACCACCGCCAGCUGCUGCCUGUGCACACCUAAGCAGCAGGCAGUGCCCACCCCGAUACUGUAGCUCGCCGCAGCUGAUUGGUCAGCUGUCGAGCGAACUAUACCGGAUUGGUUCGCCCACAGGGCGUUCCAAUAACUACUAA